UAGAUAUCAAUGAGGAUACAAUGAGGUAUUAUGACAGACACUUUCCUCGUCCUAUGGGAUCAUACUUGCCUUUAUUACGCAACAUGACUUAUUGUUACACAUUAGCUGUAGAUGCACAAAUAAAUUCGAUUAAAUGGAUUUUGGAACAAUCUCGUGCACCAAAUAAAAUACUAGAGCUCGUGGACCAGCAAGAUACCGUGGAACUCCAGACGCCAAUGCGGUGAAAUCAAAGACGUUUUUAGAUGCCUUUGUUGUAAGGAUCCGUGAAUUAGAAGCAGAAGCAGGACAAAGGGCUAUGUCACUAGCCAAUAUUAUAAAUGCUUACGGAUACCAUCCUAUUCCUGGUCAAUUAAAUAAAUUCGCAAAACAGGUUACUGUCGACGAUGAAGUCAUUACAGAAUUGGAAAUUACUAGUGAUAAUCUUGUCGAUUUCAUUGAAGAUCUUGGUGAUGAAAAGGAUAUCGCAUUUAAGAAAAUAAUGACAUAUGCAAGAUCUGCUUCAUUACAAGCCACAAUGCCAGUGAUUGAUACAGAAAUACCUGUAAUCAACGGAGUAAAUGUUGCUAAUAUUCUGCAAUCAGAAUAUACCGAACUUGGAAUUACUAUACCGGAAGACUGUAAAUCGACUAGUAAUUUGUUGCAAUAGCAAGACAUACCAUAUCGUUUAUUUACAACAUUGCAGUUUGAAAAUGUAGAUCCUCCCAAACAUGAUAAUGAUGAGGGCAAUGACGGAGAUAGCGCUGGAACAUUAGUUCCAGAAGCAGGUGCAGUUGCUCCACAAGAUCAACCUGCAGUAGAAAGGACUUAAAUCAGAAUUUCUA